UUCGGACGCAAACAAAUGUCCAUGGGUUUGCUGUCGGGGUACGUUAGAGAUAACCGUGACAUGUCAGGUCGGUUUGACAGAUAACUUGGCGACAUUAGAACCAUGUGGCUCAAACCCGAAGAGAUUCUGCUGAAAAAUGCUUUUAAAUUGUGGGUCACCGAGAAGGAUAACGAGUAUUUCGUGCUGCAGAGGAGACGAGGGUACGGAGAAGGUGGUGGCGGUUUGACAGGCCUCCUUGUAGGAACCCUGGAUACUGUGUUGGACUCCACUUCCAAAGUGGCCCCUUAUCGCAUUCUGCACCACACGCCAGACUCACAAGUGUACUGGUCAAUAGCAUGCGGUGUCACCAAAGAGGAGAUUAUUCAGCACUGGGAUUGGCUGCAGCAGAACAUUAUGAGGACGCUCUCUGUUUUUGACUCCAGCGAAGACGUAACCAGCUUUGUACAGGGCAAGAUUAGAGGUCUUAUUGCCGAAGAGGGGAAGACAUGCUUGGUGCAGGAGGAUGAUCCCGAGAAGUUUCGAGAAGCCCACUUGAGGUUUGAGAAGUGGUUUGAGCUGCCACCAGAGGAAAAGCUGGUCACAUAUUACUCAUGCAGCUACUGGAAAGGAAAAGUACCCUGCCAGGGCUGGCUCUACCUCAGCACAAACUUCCUGUGCUUCUAUUCAUACCUUCUGGGAGCUGAGGUUAAACUAGUCAUCUCCUGGGAUGAGCUUUGGAGGCUGGAGAAAACCUCUAAUGUCAUUUUGACUGAGAGCAUCCAUGUUUUGGCUCAUGGAGAGGAUCACUACUUCUCCAUGCUGCUGCACCUGAAUGAAACGUUCGUCAUCAUGGAACAGUUGGCUGACUACUCCAUCAAGCGUCUUUUUGAUAAAGAGUCCUUCCAGAGAGAGCCAGCACUGUCUGACCCGCUGCAGAUUACAAAGAGAGGGCUAGAAGCUAAUGCAAAGAGUGAGCAAUUCAGGACAUUUUUCAGGCUUCCCAAAGAGGAAAACCUGUUAGAGGUGCACGAGAGCUUCUUGUGGGUUCCCUUCAGCCAUUUUAACACGCUUGGCAAGAUUUGUCUGUCUGAGAACUACCUGUGUUUUGCCAGUCAGGAUGGAAGUCAAUGCCAUGUCAUUAUUCCAAUGCGAGAGGUUGUUAGCGUUGAGAAACCAGACUCAAGCAGCAGAGCUUUAACGGUGUGCGUGCGCGGCAAGAGGGCGCUGCGUUUCUCUGAGGUGCGGGACUAUCAGCGGCUUGCCAAUACAAUCCGUAGUAGGUGUGGGAUUAGUGCCAGCCCACAGCACUCUGCUUCAUCAGAGGCCAUACGGGGAGAAUGUCAGUCUCUCAUAAACCACUUUGAGGACAAUCCAGAGGACGUAACUUUAAUGGUGGGGCAGAAAGACAGCAGCAAGGCCGUGAGCACCGAGGCUCUCAUGACUGUUUUCCACCCCCAGGAUGUUGAAAACCUUGAUCCCAAAAUGCUUAAGGAGAAGAUGAAGGAGCAGUCUUGGAACAUCCAUUUCUCUGAGUAUGGACGUGGUACGAGUAUGUUCUUUACCAGGAAGACGCGAGACUUGAUUGUGCGCGGCGUUCCUGAGGCCUUGAGGGGAGAGCUGUGGAUGCUUUUCUCAGGGGCUGUAAACGACAUGGCCACUCACCCCGGCUAUUACACUGAGCUGGUUGAACAGUCUCUGGGCACAAGCACUCUGGCUACAGAUGAGAUUGAAAGAGACCUGCACCGCUCUCUCCCCGAGCACCCGGCCUUUCAGAGCGACACAGGAAUCUCAGCUCUUCGCAGAGUCCUUACUGCCUAUGCCUACAGGAACCCUAAAAUUGGAUACUGCCAGGCUAUGAACAUUCUCACCUCGGUUCUCCUGCUGUAUGCAAAAGAAGAGGAGGCUUUCUGGCUGCUGGUAGCCGUCUGUGAGAGGAUGCUGCCAGAUUACUUCAACCGCCGAAUUAUUGGUGCUUUGGUUGACCAGGCUGUGUUCGAAGAUCUGAUUAGAGAAAACCUCCCCCAGCUGGUAGAACACAUGACAGACCUGAGCUUCUUCUCCUCCGUGUCUCUGUCCUGGUUUCUCACACUUUUCAUCAGCGUGCUGCCCAUAGAGAGCGCCGUGAACGUGGUGGAUUGUUUUUUUUAUGACGGAAUCAAAGCCAUCCUGCAGCUCGGCCUGGCUGUGCUGGACUACAACAUGGAGGCUCUGAUUAGCUGCCACGAUGACGCAGAAGCUGUCACCAUCCUCAACAAGUUCUUUGACAGUGUGACAAACAAAGACAGCCCAUUGCCCCCGACAGUGCAGCAAGCUUCAGUAGGCAAUAAUUAUAAAGCAUCUCACAUCAGCGUAGAUAUCAGUGAGCUGAUCCGAGAGGCCUAUGAGAAAUAUGGAAAUAUCCGUUCAGAGGAAGUUGAGAGUUCACGGAAAAGAAACAAACUAUAUGUGAUUCAAACACUGGAGGACACAACCAAGCAAAACGUGAUCCGGGUGGUGUCCCAAGAUGUCAGAUUCAGUGCCUCACAACUGGACGAGCUUUAUAAUUUAUUCAAAAGGCAACAUUUCCUCAGCUGCUACUGGACAAUGAACAGCCCAGCUCUGCUCCAUCAUGACCCCAGUCUGGCCUAUCUGGAGCAGUACCAGCUGGGUUUCCAACAGUUCAGCAUGCUCUUCUCCCUGCUGGAGCCCUGGGCUUUCUGCAGCAUCAAGAGCACCCUCUCCCUCUGGGUUUUCCGCCUGAUAGAUGAGAACCAGGAUGGUCUCAUUAACUUUAAAGAGUUCUGCUGUGCCCUUGAUACUUUAUACACCGGAUCUUUCACAAAUAAGUUGAAAUUUCUCUUCAAGCUCCACCUGCCACCAGCCUUCACAGGUAGUCCUUUGCACUUAAAGGAACAAAGAAUCCAACACUUUAUUCCAGUGACUGAAGAUUCUUCUCACUUGAGUAGACUCACUGCCUUUGAUCUUCCAGAAGAUGGUGUGAUAAGGAAAAGCCCUGAAAGAGGAAGAGGGAAGGUUGACCUGCAGGCCUAUCUGAAACAAUGGCAGAAUGAAAUAUUAAAGAAAGAGGAAACCAUCAAAGACCUGCCCAGAAUUAAUCAGACUCAGUUCAUCCAGUUCUCCAAGACCCUGUACAACAUUUUUCAUGGUGAUCCUGAGGAGGAGUCACUGUACCGAGCCGUGGCUCAUGUGACCAGCCUCCUCCUGAGGAUGGAAGAGGUGGGGCGGAGGCUGCAGGAGCCGAGCAGCCCGCCCGAGUCCAAAAAGCCUGCUAAUACCACUGCUGGCGAGGAGUCUUCAACCGAAGAGUCCUCCACAACCCCAGAGAGCUCUGACACUUCCAGCUCCCACAACAGUCAAGACCUCUCAGAGACAGAGUGGUCGUUUUCCUUUGAGCAGGUCCUAGCAUCUCUGCUCAAUGAACCGGCCAUAGUCAGCUUCUUUGAGAGGCCUGUUGAUAUUCAGAUGAAGCUGGGACAAGCUAAGGUUGCCCAGCUGAAGUCAAAGACCAAUAAGUGAACUGACACUUUGCUUGUGAUUCAAACCUACAAGUUUCCAUGAAUUUCCUUUCUCCACUUGAACAGGGUGGUGGAUUUAGUGGGACACAGAGUGAAAUUACUAUCUACUGAUUCUAUCUACCGAUCACACAUGAGGAGGAAUCAUCAGAGACCUGUUUGUCACGCAGAUGAUGAAGAACAUCAGAGACUGAUAAAACACGUGCAAACACUAUUCUGUAAUAGGUCAUUAAUGUGCAGUAUAUUUUCAUGUUCAAAUGCACUCUCUCACUCGGCCACAGUUUUUUCAGAUUUUCUGUUAAGAAAAAAACAAAAUAGUUUAGCAUCUUAUAUAGCACAUCACUAAUUUCCACUAACACGAGAGAAAGGAUUGUCCCUCUCCUUCUCUCUCCAGUCCACCUACAUAAUAAAUGACGUAAACAGCAUGAUAGAGUCAGCAAGAGGAUUCUCUGGUUGGGGAUCUCCAUGUAUGUUCUCUUUCAAAUUAGCUAUCACUGAUGUAAAGUGAAAUUUACUGUAAAUGGUAGUGUGUCCUCUGACGUCAAUGUCUCAUAGUGUGCGUUUUGCUCUAAACAUAAAUUAUGAGAGUGAAGCUUUUUAGUUAACGCAGGCAUGAAGCAAACAGUAAUAUGGCUGUUUAAAGACGAGUUGCAGUGUUGUCCUUGGUAGCCGGGAAUUGAACUCACUCGUUAUCUGAGUGAAGACAUCACAACAUGAAAGGUUACACUGCAGUUGCAGGUGCAUUUGCAAUAAUGUACAAAGGAGGAUGCUGUACUGCCACAUCUGUCUCUCCUCCAAAAACAGCACGCAAAAAUGGUAAACAUGUCAGGAUUAGGGGAAUUUCAUGUGGGUCAUACUUGAAAACAUGUAAAGGGAAAAAAAUGUCCACCUUGCAGCUGCAGGUGAGUAAUCUGCCUCCUCUAAAACUGUGUCUGAUAUUCACAGCGUGAUUGGUUAAUGUGUCGUUUGCUUACGUCCGUAUAUGUAGGAUUUUACGCUCCUGUUAGUGCGGCAUUGUGCACAUAAAGGUCAGUUCAAUAGUUGUUUGAUUAUUAUGUAUAUAUAAGGUUUGAAUGGGAAUCUAAUAUAUAGAAGCUGGGAGGGUGUUGCAGACACCUUAAAGUGUUUGAAGGACAUUUUGUGUUAUCAACUCUCAGGGUGACAUUUGUGUAAAAUGAACGGGAGGAAAGGGAUAUUUUUUCAACCUGGGACAUUACAAAAUAUAUGUGAUACACAGAUUGCAUCUUCUCUGUAACACUAAAACAUAAAGCAUGUGUAGCAUAGUUACUGGAGUUGCCACAUUAUGCCAGCCUUUGACAAACAGCCAUUACCGCUUGCUACAGAGAGACAGUAUAAUCACUAUAAUUUUCAAUUUUCUGCUGCUUCUUCUUAUACUUUCAGCCUGUGAAUAAUUUGCACUUGUUUGAGAUGUACAAGCUUUAGACAUGGCUGUGUUUUGGCCAGGUUUGCAAAGCGUGAGUUCAGAGAGGUUGUAACUGCUUCAGCUACAGCUUGUCAUCUCCAGGGGCCAAAUUCACACACUUUUAGCUUUUUUUCUGCCUGUGCUUUUAAAAACAGUGCUUUAGAUGCUUCUUAAGUGCAGCUGCAGUCCUCUGUUUCCUAUAUUUUAGUUUUUGCCAUAUGAGGGGAAAGAUUUAUUUUCCUGUUUAAGUGCUUUUUUUUUUUUAAACUUAGGACUUAGGGAUCAAUCAUAAGUGCUUUUUGUGUAAUAACUGCAUUAUUUAAACAUACUUUAUAUUCAUAACAUAAGUUGUUCUAACUGAUAAUAAGCGUUUCUAAUUGGAUGUUAAAUAUCUUUAAAUGAUUUACAUGAUCAGUGCAAUGAAGCUAUCAUAAUACGCUACAUUGAUCUUAAAUCCAAAGCUUGAUGAGUGACCUCAGCGCUGACCAGAGAGUUGAAACAGUACUGACAGUCUCAGCAAGAGAAAUCAAUAACUGAUCAUAGUGCAAUGUUUCAAAUCAGCCACUCAGUUCAUUAUUUAUAACGGUCACAUCACCUCUGACCUGGUGUGACGCUUCAAUCUGACUGUUUGCCUGCAAUUUAAUGUAAAAGGAUUUACAUGGAUUAUGAGUUAUUGCAUGCUUUGCCAAUUUCUGAUUACUUGAUGGGUUGUUAAAGAUAAGUGAAGAAAAAAAGUCAAGUAUGCUUUCAAGGAUUGAUUUAUUGUUCUUUUUGCUAGACCAGUGAUUAAGAGAAACUUUUUGAUGUGCACAGUUUCCUAACCAUAUUUAUUCAGGUGUCACUUCUGAAAAAUGAUGGUGGCAGUAAUACUUUUUUUUUUUUAUAGUCAGUUGUUUCCUUUUCAUGGGAAAAUGACAGAAAGUACAUGGAUUGGGGGGAAGGAAGAAUUCAGAGGGUUGGAAGUCUUUCUCUGGCAUGCUGGCAGUUCUCCCAUUAAGAAUGAGAGUGUAUACAGUUGGCAUGGAUAAUACUCCAGCUGCUACUGCUGAAUAAGUAUGGUUAACCAUAUCUUCAUCGUCUACAGCUUUUGUUGUUUAUGGCUUUUGACUGAAUGUUUGAUUUGCACAAUAUCUGAUGCUGAGAUAUUUCUGUUUACUUGCUUGAUUAUAUUUUUUAUUCUCAUACAGAUGUACUAGAAUAAAGAGUAAAGAUUCUAUGAAUGA